AUGAAACGGUACCUGUCGCAGUGGAGGAAAUCGGGAAAGACACAGGGCAGCGAGACUGCCAACAGUACAUCCCAAGGUGCAACCAAGAGCAACGACUUGGACGAUAGAACGUGCAAAGUGUGCGGCAAGGUGGUGACUCGUGCCAAGUUCUUAGAGCGUCACAUGAACCGACACUCAGAGGAGCUGCCCUUUUCUUGUCCUGCGUGUAAAAGGUUUUAUAAGAGCUUGCGUUACUUGCAGCAACACAGAUGUCCAAAUCAGACAAAGGCAAAGCCGGGCAGGAAAGCAAAGGUACAAGAGACUGCAGCCGAUGAGGGUGAACAAUCGUCCAGUGGGGUUCCGUGUCAGGCGACCAAUGAAGAGCAGCCGUCCGACAACACAGCCCAGGACCCCGAUUACUCACCCCCUGCAGAAGGGAGACCUUCCAAAGAAUCGGGACAGAAAAGCCCGGAAGGCAACAAAGGUAUGCUCGAAGGUCCGUUCUACUGUCCUCACUGCAGCGUCGAGUUUAAGUGCAAACAAACUUUUAGGUUCCAUUUAAGAAACAUUUGCUAUAAUGAGCAACAGGUGGAUCCCGAGAAGCCUGAGGAUGUUAAGCAUUGUUUCAGGUGUAAUGAAUGUGACAAAGCAUUCAAGUACAAAUCAACAUUGGAUUCCCACAAACAAACCCACAACCCACUCUACUGCGAGGUGUGCAUGAAACUGGUACGUGACUCGGAGGCUUUGGCAAUGCACAAAGAAUCCCACACUCCGUUUCAGUGUAACCAGUGCGAGGAGAAUUUCCCGGUGUUCAAGUCCCUUCAUAAGCACUACAUUGACGUCCACAAUCCAACGGAGCCCUUUACCUGCACCCACUGCGAGACGACCUUUGGCAGUUUGAAGCGAUUCAUCCGACACGAGUGGAAACACACCGGUUACCAGCCGUUCCAGUGCGCUCAUUGCAGCAAAAGAUUUCGAUCGUACUCUGACCUCGUGGAGCACCAGAAGAAACACACCAAAGCGUAUCCCUUCCUCUGCUGGGAAUGUGGCAAGAAGUUCCGGCACGGCGUCACGUUGACGAGGCACGUGGAGCGGGUGCACCACUCUGGCGAACCUGUAAUCGAGAAGCCCACGCCGACUUUCACCUGCGCUCAGUGCGGCAAGACCUUCACUUCCAGACGAUGCCUUCUGAAACAUGAUAAUUUCCACCACAAAGGGCUGCGUUUCCCAUGCGAGCACUGUGGGAAGGGCUUCUUUGGCAAGGAUGCUUUGAAGCUGAGUCCGGAGGAAUGGUAG